GAGCCUAAAAGCAAAUGGUCCAAUUGGACAGGACGAAACGCAUGGAAAUCUGGUCUAAUGGGACUCACCGGCUUUGGUGCUCUUUUCCUGGGAAGCGUCGUCUUUAGAUAUGGCCCUCCUGAACGCAACGAAGAAGGAAAUGAGAUAGUUGACAAAUACACAGACCUACCUACGUUUCAGGCGUACGUUUACCGAAGUUUCAGACAUCUUCUUGAUUUCAACCAGUCUAUAAGAGAUCCUGUUAGCGAUAAACUUCUGCCUGAUCCAGUCAAGCCCCCAUAUUAUCAACCCCCUUACACAUUGGUUUUGGAAGUUACUGAUUUGCUAGUUCAUCCAGACUGGAAGUUUCGCACCGGAUGGAGAUUCAAAAAGCGUCCAGCUCUUGAAGCUUUUCUCAAGCAACUUCAUCCAUACUAUGAAGUUAUUGCAUUCUCGUCCGAAUCAAUUAUGACUGCUGGCCCAGUGCUUGCUCAGCUCGAUUCCCAAGGCCAAUAUUUCUCGCAUCGUCUAUUCCGUGAAGCAACACGCUAUCGAAAUGGGAGGCAUAUUAAAGAUUUAUCUUGUCUCAAUCGGGACCUCAGUCGCGUUGUGCUUAUCGAUUGGAACCCCGAGGCUGCUUCUAUGCAACCAGAAAAUGCCUUUAUUAUUCGUCGAUGGCGUGGUGAAGAUACUGACACUGACCUCUUGGAUCUGGCUGCUUUCCUCAGAAUGCUUGCUAUGGGGGGAGUAGAGGACGUCAGGCUUGUGCUCGAUCACUAUCGCAAUUUCGCUGAUCCUUUAGCCGAAUUUCGUAUCAGGCACCAUCAAUUUAUG